AUGCCUGUCGAAGUUUAUUCCUAUUCCGAGCAAGUUGACCUUGCAAAUGCUGUUGGAAGAUACAUUAUCAAACACCAAAACGAAGCUGUCAAAACAAACGGAUCUUUCAAGAUCGCUCUUUCAGGAGGCUCUCUCGGUAAAGUUUUGAAAGAGGCAUUGAUUGAUAAUAAAGACAUUGGAGCUGAAGUUCAGUGGGAGAAAUGGGAGGUGUACUUUAGUGAUGAAAGACUUGUGCCAUUGAACCAUGAGGAUUCCAACUAUGGUCUUUUCCACGAGAAGGUACUUAAAAGCCUUCCUGCAAAUUCUGCAAAGCCGAAAGUGCACACCAUUGAUGAGUCGCUAUUGACGGGUAAAGAUGGACAAGUAGAAGGUGCUGAUGUCGAAAAGGAUAAGGAAAUUGCUAAACGAUAUGCUGCUCUUUUGCCCCACAAGCUCGACGUUAUAUUGCUAGGAUGUGGUCCAGAUGGUCAUACAUGUUCGUUAUUCCCAGGACACAAGCUCCUCAAAGAAAGAGCCCAAUUGGUUUCAUACAUAAAUGAUUCUCCAAAACCACCCCCAAGAAGGAUUACCAUCACAUUGCCCGUUUUGGAAAAUGCAACUGCGAUCGCCUUUGUGGCUCAAGGGGCAGGAAAAGCACCAAUUUUGAAAGAGAUUUUCAAUGACCCUAAGAGUGAGUUGCCAUCCAAGUUGGUUACUGAUAUUACUUCGGGAACUGAAAUCAGCUGGUUUGUCGACUCCCCUGCGAUUGAAGGCGCAGACGUGUUGAGUAGCAAGUAUUAG